AUGAACAACAGAAAAGCUAGACGCAAGCUGAAGCGCAUUUUCAGGAAAUCUACGCCUAAAUCUUCAAGUUUGCAAAAGUUAACAACUGACUAUAAGUUAUGGUAUGUAACAUACGUACACAGAUGCGACUGUUUUUUUCCAACUUUGCAAGUCUUAAAAGAUGGGCAGCAAACAAGUUUUUACAAAAUAGUAAACAAGCAAGUAUGCAUUGUUUAGUUGAGCACAAAACAGUGAAAUCAUGUAGCUGUACCAAAAGAUAUUGUGUAUCGAAAAUGAAGCUUUUGAUGUCCGGUGACAUCGAGUUAAAUCCAGGCCCUGAGCAAAAUGUCUGUGAUCAAACUGCAUUG